UUUCCUCGCCGCAAGCUGCCCUCGCUUCGCCAUUCCAACUCCCUUUUCUGCGUCUCCCUCCUCCUCUUCGAUCUCUUUGCUCGACGAGGGAGAUAGAGCGAGGCGAUGAAGUCCAAUUCCGCCGAUGGAUCGCCGGCAAGCGACAGCGGGAGCCACGCGUGUCUUGAUGGCCCCAUGAAGGUCAUCAUCGACACGGAUCCCGGGAUAGAUGACAGUAUGACCAUAUUAAUGGCGUUUCAAUUACCAGAGAUUGAAAUCUUAGGUCUGACAACAAUAUUUGGCAACGUGCGCACCGAAGAUGCCACUCGCAAUGCCUUGCUGUUGUGUGAGAUCGCAGGACACCGUCAAGUUCCAGUAGCAGAAGGAAGCCAUGAACCUUUAAAGGGAGAAGAGCCAAGUAUUGCUGAUUUUAUUCAUGGAUCUGAUGGGCUUGGCAAUAUAUUUCUACCGCCACCGGUGGGAGAAAAGAUGGAUAAAAACGCAUCAGAGUUUUUGGUUGAGAUGGUUUCUCAGUACCCUGGUGAUGUAACCAUCCUUGCAUUGGGUCCUUUAACAAACUUAGCGUUGGCUAUCAAAAGAGACCCUUGCUUCGCAAGCAACGUGAAGAAAAUAGUUAUUCUUGGCGGGGCCUUCUUUACUGCUGGAAAUGUCAACCCGGCUGCCGAAGCAAAUAUUUAUGGAGAUCCAGAGGCAGCUGACAUUGUCUUCACAUGUGGAGCAGACAUAACUGUUGUGGGAAUAAACAUUACGACUCAAGUCAAAUUUACAGAUGCGGAUCUAUCUGAGCUAAGAAACUCUAAAGGAAGGCACUCGCAAACCAUAAGUGACAUGUGCAAAUUCUUGAGAGACUGGCACGUCCAGUCUGAGGGUGUUCAUGGUAUUUUCCUGCAUGAUCCUGUCAGUUUUGCGGCAUUAGUCCGCCCAGAUCUCUUCACGUUCAAAAAGGGGGUCGUGAGGGUGGAAACACAGGGUAUUUGCAUGGGCCACACACUAAUGGACGAUGGAUUAAAAGAGUGGAUCACGAGCAAUCCUUGGACAGGCUAUACACCUGCAUCAGUUGCAUGGACAGUCGAUGUGCCCGGGGUUCUAUCUUUCAUCAAACAACUACUGAUGAAACCGUGAACCGAAAGGAUCAUUCACGAAGUUGAUUUCCUUUGAUAGGCAGAAUCCAAAUACUGAAAUGUGUAAGAUAUAAAACUCUAAAUAGGAAGGUGUCUAUUAAUAAAUUUUCUUUCAGUAAACAAUCUCUAUGAUUGUUUGCCUCACUGAAUGGUUCUAAUAAAAGUUUGGGCAUUAGCAAGCCAGCAUUACAGAAUGAA